AUAUAGGAAGUAGUGGGUGUCUGCGCCUUCUCGCAGGCAGCAGCCAGUGAGAGUAGUUUAGAACCGUAUGAGGAAAAUCUGGGCUCCGUACAGUAGACGCUCACAUACAGUGACACUGGUACAUUUGUCAGUGGAGGAUGGGCCGUUCACACCUCACAUAUGGACGAAGGAAAACAAAGAUUCGAGCAGGAAACCUUCCGUUUUCCCGCCGCGGAUAAGCAGCUGUUGCUGGAAACAAAGCCGUUCUGACCAAACACAGAUUUCACUUUUUUUUCUUCUGAGGCUUCAUUUGUGGAGGUGGUGGCAUCACCGGCCGUCGCGCUGUUGCCAAUAUAUAUAUAUUUAAAAAAAAAAAAAAAAAAAGCUAAAACAGGGUUUUUCUCGGGCACAUCAGCAGUUAUGUGUCUUUCUCUACACCGACGACCAUGAAGAUUUUUGGAGGUGAGAUGCUCCAUUUUCCGGACUGAGCUUCUGUACUUGAGCUGCUCCUGAGCUCUAGCAUGGGAGAAUGAAGCAGGGUCUUGCUACCAUGAAGAUGGUGCCGUGUGGCCUUGGGGAGAUGAUAUCUGCAUGUCUGCCAUCAGAUUUUAUGUGAACUCUCCUGCAAUGAUGCCUGCUCACCCUGGAGAAGCAUGGUUCUCUCCACUACUGUUCCCCUCCUGGAUACAGGGGACAUUAACAGCCGUUUCUGCUGCGUCGUUACGAGGUUGCUGAACCUUUCUGAGAGGCUACCAAUGGAAGACCUCUCUGUGGCAAACGUUUCCCUGGGCUCCGGGUCUCCCUCGGAGCCGGUCACCCCAACGGCAAAUGCUCUGGAAAUCCAGCAAGGCAUUGGCCUACCUCUGCAGAUCUUCUUCUGCUUUGUCAUGGCAGCCAUCCUUUUAGUGGCGCUGUCAGGAAACAUAGUGGUGUGCCUGAUGGUGUACCAGAGAUCUGCCAUGCGUUCAGCCAUCAACAUUCUGCUGGCUAGUCUGGCAUUUGCGGACAUGAUGCUGGCCAUCUUGAACAUGCCCUUUGCUCUGGUUACUGUGGUGACCACCAACUGGAUUUUUGGAGAUGUUUUCUGUCGGGUUUCCGCCAUGCUCUUUUGGUUUUUUGUUAUGGAAGGAGCAGCUGUACUGCUUAUAAUAAGCAUUGAUCGUUUUCUUAUUAUUGUCCAGAAGCAAGAUAAGCUGAGCCCACAGAGAGCCAAGCUGCUCAUAGUGGUCACAUGGGGACUCUCGUUCAUUUUCACUUUCCCUCUAGCUGUUGGCUCACCUCCCUUACAGAUCCCACCCAGAGCUCCUCAGUGUAUAUUUGGCUACAGCAGUGAUCCUGGUUACCACGCCUAUGUGUUGAUAUUAACGCUAGUUUUUUUCUUCUUGCCUUUCACAGUCAUGCUAUACACAUUCAUGGGCAUCCUCAACACCAUCCGCCACAAUGCCAUUCGCAUCCGUAGCCACACAGACAGCGUCUGUCUGAGCCAGGCCAGCAAACUGGGCCUCCUCAGCCUUCAGAAGCCCUUCAAGAUGAACAUAGACAUGAGCUUCAAGACCCGUGCCUUCACCACCAUCCUCAUCCUCUUCUCCGUGUUUACAGCGUGCUGGGCACCCUUCACUGCCUUCAGCUUGGUAACUACCUUCAGUGACAGGUUCUACCGCAAAGACAGCUUUUUUCAAAUCAGCACAUGGGUCUUGUGGUUGUGCUACCUCAAGUCAGCCCUCAACCCUCUUAUUUACUACUGGCGGAUCAAGAAGUUCCGCGACGCCUGCCUCGAUCUGAUGCCCAAAUAUUUCAAGUUUCUUCCUCAGCUGCCAGGCAACACAAAGAGGCGCAUACAGCCGAGCGCUGUGUAUAUAUGUGGAGAGCAUCGCUCUGUGGUAUAAGGCAUAACUCCUCUCUGAAACACUGUUAAAAUGCAUCUUAUCUCACUAGGGUUUUCUCAUGGUUUACUUCUCUUAGCAGGCUAUAAGACUGAGGUUAGCACUGCAUUAAAAAUAUAAGGGGGCUGAGGUGGAAUGGGUUAUUGCUACAGAAGCCAGACUGAAGAUCCAAUCCGGGAGGUACACGGUGAGUCCAACAUGCCAGAGACAUGCCAGAGAUUUAAAGGUUGUCAGGUGAAUUACCUCCUCAGCAUGUCUUGAAGAUAUCCAGAGGCCUGGUAAUAAACUAAUCAUUUGAUUCGGGUGUGUUGGCCCAGGCUGAUAUCUAAAACCUGCAGGACACCUGCCCUCAAGGCCUGGAGUUGGACGCCCGUGGCUUAAGUAAACAUAAAUAGCCAUUCAGGAUGACCUCUUGUGGCAACAGUUAGUAGACAUACCUUUAGAAUCAUUGCUGGCUUCACAGCAGCUUACUUUGUGCAUAUGCAUACACUUAAGGAUUGUUGUGGUAGUUUUUCUGGUUAAUGUAGUCUAGUAUUAAACACAAUGCUACUUAAUGGACUUCUUUGUCAUUGCUAAGACUCAAACCACUUAAAAACAAAAAACAAGAAAAAAGAGACUUGAUGUAAGGAUCAAAUCAAAGAUUGACCAACAGUGAGCCCACAAUUCAUUCCAUCUGUUUGCUUUUACAUUAGAAAAGAAAGAAAUUUCAUCUAAAAGCAAAUAAUAAAUACCUGGGGGGCUUUUAACUAAACUGGGUAGAGUUCAGGGAUUAUUGGGUGAUCUAAGCUCAGGACCUGUCAUUUGACGUGCUGUCUAUAUGAUGGCGACCAUAGAACAGGAGGUUGGGAAGUGCAUCUGUAACCGGAAGGUCGCCGGUUCCAUCCCCGGGCUCUCUGUCCUGGUCGUUGUGUCCUUGGGCAAGACACUUCACCUGCCACCUACUGGUAUUGGCCAGAGGGGCCG